AUGGCUUCAACAGCCCAAGCCGAGGACAAGGAAAAUCGAUUAACAGUCAAAGAGAUCAAGAUUACCAAAUCGCUCGCCAUUAUUGCGUUUUCCUUUGCACUGUGUUGGAUUCCAUUUUGGGUCAUUGUGGUGAUACAGCGCUUCCGUCGUUCCACCUAACACCCGAAUGCUCUGUCCUUUUUUGAUGUCUUUCUCGAGCAUUAUAAGGCCAUUUAUAUGUGCUGGCAUGAAUCCCUCCUUCCACGCCGAGUUUUUCGAAUUUCGCUCUGCAAAUUAUAGUCAUCACGUUUCUUUAUGGAGCUUCGUUGUCCAAAAGAUGUUGAGUUAAAGAAAAAAACGGCGGGAACCCCACUUGGAAUGGAAAAUCAGGAAGAUGAGGGAAGGAAUUCAGUCACAAACUUUGAACUGGCAAAUUAA